GACAAUGACUCAAGACAACAGAUUUGGAUUUUGGAGUCGGAAAUCAAACCCUUCACCGCUCUCGCUGGGUUUACCUCUCCGAUUCUUCUCCCUCUAAUUUCGCGGCGACCGGACCACCGCCUCUCCUUUUUUUUUUCCGGCCAUCUACAACCCCCAACUGUACCCGCCAUGCCAUGAACUAUACUCCUCUGUUGUUGGAUAACAGUUCCCUUCCUCGCUACUCUGUUUAUUUCACUUCCUCACUCCUCUCCUUAACUGCAUUGUCUUUUCCCCCCGCAUAAACCGUAGUUCCUCCCCGCCGGAGCUCAUCACCUUCCCUUUUCGGAUCCAGGCUGUAGAAUUAGUAUAAGCAACAUGGCAGAUACUGAAAUGAUGGAACAAGAUGUGGCAGAGGCUUCCGAUGUCACCCUUGUUGAUGCUACUGUUCAAGAGCAAGAAUCUUCUUGCCCUCCACAUGUUCCAACCCCUGGUGAUAGCAGUCAAUCCCCUCAUCUUGGGACAGCUGAUGAUAAGACUUUGACGUUGCCUACUGAUGUUAAGCUGAGUGAGCCUGAUAGCCAUGAUGAUAAAUCUGCUACUGAUGCAAAUACAAAUGCCAAUGAUACGGAUCUGACUGAACUGGAGGAGAAGAAAAGCAGUGGAAAUCCCAAUGAUGGAGACACUGCUCCCAUAGCCCCUGCAGAAACAGAACCUUUGACUCCUAAAGCUGAGGGAGAAAAUGUUGGCAAAUCAAAGAAUUGGUUGCUUGAUCCUGAGAUGGGGGAUGCUGACGAAGCUGGGACACCAGAGGAGCGAGCAGAAUUCAUGAAGGAGCUUGAAACUUUCCAUAAGGAGAAUUCCCUGGAAUUCAAACCCCCUAAGUUUUAUGGCGAACCACUAAAUUGCCUUAAGUUAUGGAGAGCUGUUAUUAAAUUGGGUGGCUAUGAUUUGGUGACUGCAUCAAAGUUAUGGAGACAAGUAGGAGAGUCUUUCCACCCCCCAAAGACUUGCACAACUGUAUCUUGGACAUUCCGCAUUUUCUAUGAGAAGGCUCUAUUGGAGUAUGAAAAGCAUAAGAGGCAGAAUGGUGAGAUUCAACUACCUGAGUCUUCUCUCCCUCCAGCAAGUGCUGAAAAGGAGACAAGUAGCUACCAACCCCCAGGAACAGGCAGGGCACGCCGAGAUGCUGCAGCACGUGCCAUGCAGGGUUGGCAUGCUCAGCGCUUUCUUGGAUAUGGCGAGGUUACUGAGCCAAUUGUUAAGGAUAAGGCCUUAAAUUCUAAUCAGAAGCGUGAAAAGAAUCUCAAAAGCAUUGGUUUGCAAAAGCAUAAGACUCAAACAAGCGUGGAGCUUGUGGUGAAACCCAUGCAGAAUGGAUCAGAUAAGCAACUUGUGACUGAAGUUGUUGAUAUUGGACCUCCUGCUGAUUGGGUCAAGAUCAAUGUGCGCGAAACUAGAGAUUGCUUUGAGGUAUAUGCUCUUGUUCCUGGGCUCCUACGAGAGGAGGUUCGAGUUCAAUCAGAUCCUGCUGGACGUCUGGUCAUAACAGGUCAGCCAGAGCAGCUUGACAACCCUUGGGGUAUCACACCCUUUAAGAAGAUUGUGAGCUUGCCUGCUAGAAUUGAUCCGCUUCAGACAUCUGCUGUUGUUAGCCUGCAUGGAAGGCUCUUUGUACGUGUUCCUUUUGAGCAAGGAUCAGUUUAAAUUAUUUUCACCUGACCAUCAGCUAUCUCGUUAGGUUUUCUGCGUAGGAACUGUAAUGGUUUAGAGAAGAAAUGUAAUGGAAAGGAAACACAGCCUUGUUGAAUCAAUUGAUAUCUCCCUUUCCUCUUUUCAUUUGUUAUUGAAGUUGAAAGAACUGGUAGUUUAUGAAGGCAUUUGCAUUUUUAUGAGAUACCCAAAGCCCAGGAAGAGCAAUGCCAUUGUUAUCUCCGGUGGUUGUAAAUUGAAUGUGUUAGAAUCAUUAACAACUGUACCUGUGCACUUAGCUUCUUGAAUUGGGCUAAGUCUCUUAUGGGGUCCAAAUGAAAAAUCUCUAGUUGG